UAUGUGAGACUUAGCGGUUCCGAAGAAUCGUGCCUCGAACAUGGGUGAUACCGGUCACGCUGAUGUGUUGACCAGCGAUUCCGCGCGUUUAGCAACGGAUUCUGGUUUUAGCGAUCUUUUGAGAUCAGCGGAGCAGUUGUCCGCAGCGGUCGAAGGAAAUGAGGAAUUGCCGCAAGUUGAGAGGAAUCUCCGACAAGUACUGGAGGCCUCCAACGAACUGUGGGCUCGUGUCACGCAAACUAGCACGCAGGAUAAUGAAGCACAGGCGCAUCUCUUAUUAGGAUCUCGAGGGAUAGAUUUGCCUCAGAUCUCGCAAAAGUUAAAUUCACUCAGCGCAAGGCGUACAUUUGAGCCUUUAGAUCCUAUUGCAGAUACUGAUAUCGUUAGCUUCCUCAGAAAUGAGAAGGAAAAUGCGAUCCUGUUCAUCAUUGAACAAGUUCACAGAGACACGUUUGAGCUGACUAGAACCGAACAAAUGGAACAUAUGCUGGGUGAAUGGAAACAAAUGCGUUACGAAAUAAUAAACGCCAUGACUGCACCAUCCGGUGAGCUAGUGGAUUUACGUGGAACGCCACAGCGUACAAAACUAGCCGGUUCAAUGGUCAGUGGCCUCUCCAAUAUAGAAGUAGCAUAUGUGAAAGAAAUACAGACUUAUAACGAUCACGUACUUAGAGGUAUAACACGGCCCAGCUUGUUCACCGCUUUCUGCAAAGCCUCAGAGUCUUUCAAUGAUAGGAAGAUCACAGAGUUGUGGCAAAUGGUGAAAUGUAUGGUUGAUAUACCGCCGACACCCAGAGGGGAUCAGAUCAAAUCUAGAAGCAGUCCGGCGAUCGAGCAGAAAAUUGUUUCUCAAGCCAGAAAGUAUCUGGAGAAUAGAUACAGAGAUUUCAUGAAUUCCAUCAUCAACGAGAAUCUAGCGCAGGCAAAACGCGGCGGCGUGCCGGGUACCAUACCUCUGAUUAAAAGUUUCGUGGGCGUCAAAGUACAAAACUUGCGGGACUUGGAGGAUGUUAUGGUCGAGGACAAGCCGUUGUGGCCGUUGGUGUAUUAUUGCAUGAGAUCUGGCGAUUACAAAGCGGCGUUGCAGUGUCUCAACCAAUGUGUCACGGAAUUUCCCGAGUUCAAAGCUGCUCUCGAAGAAGCCUGCGACGAUCCGCAGCGCCAUCCAAGCAGUCGCGCCGAGUCUAUCCUGAAGUUGCAUUACCGGAAGCAGCUACGAUCCGUCGGCGAUCCGUACAAGAAAGCGGCGUAUUGCGCCUUGGUUCCUUGCGAGCCAGACGACCUCCACUCCGAAGUGAUAUCUACGGCGGACGAUUACUUAUGGUUGAAACUCUGUCAAGUUCGGGAACAGUCGGACGUUGAGAAUAAACUGACGCUGGAUUAUCUGCAAACCACAAUCUCAGAGAUAUACGGAGAAACUUAUUAUCACGCGCACGAACAGCCCUUCUUGUACUUCUCGAUGUUGUUCUUAACCGGACAAUUCGAGGCGGCUAUAGAGUUCCUAGCCACAGGCGCUGGAGCGAGGCAUUUGCCGCACGCGUUGCAUCUAGCGGCCGCUAUGCACGAGCACAAUUUAUUAGCCGUCAGUCAGAGUGUUUUAGCGCCUCUGAUAAGCGUGGACCCUGCUGACAAGCCACCGGCAAAAAGACUGAACUUCGCUAGGUUGAUAUUGUUGUAUGUUAAAAGAUUCGAAUCGUCAGAUCCAAAGGAGAGCCUCCAUUAUCUGUUUUUACUGAGGUGUAUGAAGGACCCGUAUGAGCGCAACAUGUUCGCCGCAUUCGCUGCGGAAAUGGUGGUAGAUGCUACUCCCGCGAACCGCGUUUUGUUAGUCGGAAAGCUCGAGAAAGACCGUAGAAUGCAAGGGAUCUUGGAUCAAUUCCAAAUCAACACAGACGACGUAAUAAAUAUAUGCGCCGACAUGUUAUACAGGAAGGGUCUGCUGGAAGACGCAGUGACGAUGUACGAUUUAGCUGGAAAUCAGGAGAAAGUCCUCAGUUUGAUGUGCACGCUUUUGACGCAAGUCGUCAGCCAAAGAGGGGUACCGGGUUCUCUCAGAACACGACUGCAAACUACAGCCAUGGACAUCAGUACGAGAUACAAGGAUGCCGCAAUUCAAGCGCCUUCCGAAGUAGUAUCUUCGUUUUACACUUUGAGGGAUCUUAUGGUUUUCUUUGAUCAAUUCCAUAACGAGCAGUAUCAGAGUGCGCUUAGAACUAUUGCAGAUUCGAAAAUGUUGCCUCUCCAAGUGAAAGAAGUUGAUGAGAGAGUAAAUGCUUUACGGCGAGUAUCGCCUGAAGUGGCUGGUACAUUAGCCGACGUUCUUCUAGCCACUAUGACGAUAUUAUACCGUCAGUAUCAAAAAUUGCGCUCGGUGGAACCGGGCGAUGAGAUUGCGCGGGACCGACAGCUGCACGAUCUUCGAGAGCAAGCUCGGGCGUUAACAAGUUUCGCAGGAACUUUGCCAUAUCGUAUGCCAAACGAGACGAACAGCAAGCUUGUACAAAUGGAAAUCCUGAUGCAUUAGAAACAAAAUCGACUGUUAUUAAACACGAAAUUAAACUUUCAGAACCUAUCGAAUCAAGCCUGUUAAAUUGAAUUCGAGAAAUUCAACCUGCGUACAUGACACAGUGCUUGAUAUCUAUCGAUUUAAAAAGUAAAUUUUUAAUAUUAAUUAGAUUUUUUAAAACUUGAAGUAUAAUAAGAGUGCAUAUUUCUAUCACCAGGUAUAUAAUGGCGAGAGCAGUAUUGUUUUGAGAUAACAGUUGAUUUCCACAGGCACAAGAUUUUCAGAUUCUUCCGAGUACUAUAUACAAUUUUGCAAAGGAAAAUGUAUGACAGAAAAAGACCCAGUGCUGUAUCUAAAUUAUUUUUGUAUUUCUACUUGUAUAUAUGUGCGUGUGAUAUAAUAAAUAUGGAUGUUUACAGACA